UUGAGCAUAUCACCGGAGCCCCAUGGGGCUUGGCAGCCAAGCACAGCAGCAGUUUUGCUAAACAAAUUCUCUGCUCCCUCCCCCUGAACUCAUCAGUAUAUCUGGGGCUCCAGCCCAGCACAUCCACCUACUCUCUCUGCUGGAAGCUUAUACCUACCAUGCCAAGCCUGGUUGUUCUGAGCCUCAGCCUGGCUGCUCUCCUGGGCCUUGGGAUGGGAGCCUCCUUGUGCCUGUCACAGCAAUUCAAGGCACAAGGGGACUACAUACUGGGUGGGCUAUUUCCCCUGGGCUCAACUGAGCAGGACACUCUUUACCAGAGAACACGACCCAAUGGCAUCCUGUGCACCAGGUUCUCACCCCUUGGUCUGUUCCUGGUCAUGGCUAUGAAGAUGGCUGUGGAGGAGAUCAACAAUGGAUCUGCCUUGCUCCCUGGGCUGCGCCUGGGCUAUGACUUAUUUGACACAUGCUCAGAGCCGGUGGUCACCAUGAAGCCCAGUCUCAUGUUCCUGGCAAAGGUGGGCAGUCAAAGCAUUGCUGCCUACUGCAACUAUACACAGUACCAGCCCCGUGUGCUGGCUGUCAUUGGGCCCCACUCAUCAGAGCUUGCCCUAAUUACAGGCAAGUUCUUCAGCUUCUUCCUCAUGCCACAGGUCAGCUAUAGCGCCAGCAUGGAUCGGCUAAGUGACCGGGAAACAUUCCCAUCCUUCUUCCGCACAGUGCCCAGUGACCGGGUGCAGCUGGAGGCUGUUGUGGCUCUGUUGCAGAAUUUCAGCUGGAACUGGGUAGCUGCCCUAGGUAGUGAUGAUGACUAUGGCCGGGAAGGCCUGAGCAUCUUUUCUGGCCUGGCCAAUGCACGAGGUAUCUGCAUUGCACAUGAGGGCCUGGUGCCACUGCAUGGCACCAGUAGCCAACAGCUUGGCAAGGUGGUGGACGUGUUACACCAAGUGAACCAAAGCAAAGUGCAGGUGGUGGUGCUGUUUGCCUCCUCCCGUGCUGUCUACUCCCUUUUUAACUACAGCAUCCAUCAUGGCCUCUCACCCAAGGUAUGGGUGGCUAGUGAAUCCUGGCUGACCUCUGACCUGGUCAUGACACUACCCAAUGUUGCCCGUGUAGGCACUGUGCUUGGGUUUCUGCAGCGAGGUGCCCUGCUGCCCGAAUUCUCCCAUUAUGUGGAGACCCGCCUUGCCCUGGCUGCUGACCCAACAUUCUGUGCCUCACUGAAUGCUGAGUUGGACCUGGAAGAGCAAGUGAUGGGGCAACGCUGUCCACAGUGUGACAACAUCAUGCUGCAGAAUCUGUCAUCUGGACUGAUGCAGAACCUAUCAGCUGGGCAGUUGCACCACCAGAUUUUUGCAACCUAUGCAGCUGUGUACAGUGUGGCCCAGGCUCUUCACAACACCCUACAGUGCAAUGUCUCAAGUUGCCCCACAGCAGAGCCUGUUCAACCCUGGCAGCUCCUGGAGAACAUGUACAACAUGAGUUUCCAUGCUCGAGACUUGACACUGCAGUUUGACGCUAAAGGGAAUGUAGACAUGGAGUAUGACCUGAAGAUGUGGGUGUGGCAGAGCUCUACACCUGCAUUACAUACUGUGGGCACUUUCAACGGCACUCUUCAGCUGCAGCACUCCAAGAUGCACUGGCCAGGGAACCAGGUGCCAGUGUCCCAGUGCUCCAGGCAGUGCAAAGAUGGCCAGGUGCGCAGAGUAAAGGGCUUCCAUUCCUGCUGCUAUGACUGUGUGGACUGCAAGGCAGGCAGCUACCGGAAGCAUCCAGAUGAUUUCACCUGUACUCCAUGUAACCAUGACCAGUGGUCCCCAGAGAAAAGCACAAGCUGCUUGCCUCGCAGGCCUAAGUUCCUGGCCUGGGGAGAGCCAGUUGUGCUGUCAUUGUUGCUGCUGCUGUGCCUGGUGCUAGGCCUAGCACUGGCCUCCCUGGGGCUCUUUGUCCAUCACUGGGACAGCCCUCUUGUUCAGGCCUCAGGUGGGUCACUGUUCUGCUUUGGCCUGGUCUGCCUAGGCCUCUUCUGCCUCAGUGUCCUUCUGUUCCCAGGACGGCCAAGCUCUGCCAACUGCCUUGCUCAACAGCCAUUGGCUCACCUUCCUCUCACAGGCUGCCUGAGCACGCUCUUCCUGCAAGCAGCUGAAAUCUUUGUGGAGUCUGAGUUGCCACUGAGCUGGGCAAACUGGCUAUGUAGCUGCCUUCGGGGAUCCUGGGCUUGGCUGGUGGUCCUGCUGGCCAUUCUUGUGGAGGCAGCACUAUGUGCCUGGUACUUGACAGCUUUCCCACCAGAGGUGGUGACAGACUGGUGGGUGCUGCCUACAGAAGUACUGGAGCACUGCCACAUGCGUUCCUGGGUCAGCCUAGGCUUGGUACACAUCACCAAUGCAACACUGGCCUUCCUCUGCUUCCUGGGCACUUUCCUAGUACAGAGCCAGCCUGGUCGCUACAACCGUGCCCGUGGUCUCACCUUCGCCAUGCUAGCUUAUUUCAUCACCUGGGUCUCUUUUGUGCCCCUCCUGGCCAAUGUACAUGUGGCUUACCAGCCAGCUGUGCAGAUGGGUGCCAUUCUACUCUGUGCCCUGGGCAUUCUGGCCACCUUCCACCUGCCCAAGUGCUAUGUGCUUCUGUGGCUGCCAAAGCUCAACACUCAGGAGUUCUUCCUGGGGGGGAGCCCCAAGGAAGCAGCAGAUGGGAACAACAGUGGGGGAGGGGUGGUAACAACUCAGGGACACAAUUAAUGACCCCUGACCCACUGAUUAGUGACCCCAACCCUAGUAGCGACCUUCCAAGUCAACAACCCCCAGACUUGAGACUUGAGACACUUAACUAUAGACUGACUCCAAGUUAUCCACUGACCUUAGCUCCACAGUGACCCCCAGGCCUAUAAUGUGCAAGAUGGAUCCUAUGAUUAUCCUUCAAAGGCAAGAUCAUCCUUGAUCCUAUUAUGCCCUACCUAAGGCCUUCCCAGGUGACUGGGAUCCAUUAUCUUAGAAAAUGGACCACAGAGUGUUCUUUGGGACUCCAU